GUGGCCAUCCAUAUUUUUACUUAUAUUUAAUCAAAAACCACAACUAUUCUCAUAACAUCAUCCACUUCGUUAGCAUCUACAUCUUAGUCUGAUGGAAAUGGCUGGAGAAGAGCAAAGACGCAGAUGGAGCCUUCAAGGCAAGACCGCACUUGUCACCGGUGGAACCAAAGGCAUCGGGCAUGCUAUAGUUGGACAACUUGCAGGGUUUGGAGCAAUAAUACAUACUUGUGUUCGAGACGAAUCUCAGCUCAACGAAUGUUUAAGUGAAUGGAAAAAGAAAGGGUUUCAAGUGACUGGCUCAGUCUGCGAUGUAUCGUCCUGGACUGAGAGAGAGAAGCUUAUGAAAACUGUUUCCUCAAUUUUUGAUGCCAAGCUUAGUAUACUAAUAAACAAUGUUGGAGCAGUCCGGGUAAUGCCUACAACAAAACAUACGGAAGAUGAUUUCUCGUUCCACAUUUCCACCAAUUUGGAAUCUGCGUUCCAUUUUAGCCAGCUUGCACAUCCUCUGCUAAAGGCUUCAGGAUGUGGGAACAUCGUGUUCUUGUCCUCUGUUGCUGGGGUCGUGUCGUUUGCCUGCAGCUCCAUCUACUGUGCUACAAAAGGGGCACUGAAUCAGCUAGCAAGGAAUUUGGCAUGCGAGUGGGCAAGUGACGGCAUAAGGGCUAAUGCUGUGGCUCCUGCAGUAAUUGCAACUCCUUUGAUUGAAGCUGCGCUUGAUGACGAGUUCAAGAAGGAGAUGAUAUCAAGAGAGCCCUUGGGGCGCUUAGGGAGACCGGAGGAGGUAGCAUCGUUGGUGGCAUUUCUUUGUAUGCCCGCAGCUUCUUAUAUAACGGGUCAGACCAUUUGCGUCGAUGGAGGUUUCACUGUGAAUGGCUUCUCGUAUCAGCCACAAGUUUAAACCCGGUCACCGAAAUAAAUACAAUUUCUAGUUCAGUAAUAAAUUUAAAUGUCUUAGACUUUGUAUGCCCUAUAUGAUUACUUGGAGCCUAUGCUUUUCGUUAGCAUACUUUAUUCUAUAUUGUUGCGUAAUUUUUGGCUGUGAGUUAUCAUUAGUAAAUUGUGACAAUUCGUAGUC